AUGAUAGGUUCAGAUGUUUAUACCAAGGCGCUCACUUAUAUAACGUGCAAGUGCUUUGUAAUCGCUUGCAUUCAUCUGCUGACGCCGAUAUAUUUCAGAUUGUGAAUUAAUCGUGCCAGUUACAACUCUGUCUAAUUAAUCUACAUCACUUAAUGUUUGGCUGUGGAAACUGUCCAAGUUGGUAUUAUAACUAUUAUAAUAAUACACGACCAACUCGUCUAUGUUGUCGAGUAUUGAAUGCCGUUCAUGUUGUUGGAAUUGGAUAACGCACAAUCUUACUAUACAGACCAUGUUAAACGUGUAACCAAGAAAAAACGUGCUGAGUGUCGACGAGAUCAUGGCGCAUUCUGGAUUGACCCACAAUUACUUAACGUGUGAGCUGUGUGAGUCUGAUGCUGCACUGAUGCACUGUAACUCCUGUCACGUCAAACUCUGUAGUGAUUGUGUCGGAAAACACGUGACCACUCACAACAAGUCCAAGCAUCACGAGGUCGCCGGAUUCAAAUACCGGAACUGUGACGCCAUACUUCCGGCCUGCCAAAACCACCCGUGUCAGAAAUGUGACAUUUUCUGCAACGACUGCGAUGAACCCGUAUGUAGCAAGUGCAUGGCUUCUUCCGAUCACAAGCAACACCAGUUUGAUGACGUCACGAAGAUCUACAUCUCCAGGCGUUUGUUGCUGUUGCAGGAAGCAAGCUAUUUUGAGACCACGGUGAUCUCGCAGUAUAACAAAAUGGAGUCUUUGCUGGACAUGAAGAUAUCUAAACUAUCACAAGACUAUUCGUCUGUUUUGAACAAAAUGGUUUCAGAAGAAGAGGCCCUGCAUGAAACAAUACGGAAACUUUUCCAUCGUAAGAAAGAGGAGACCUUGAUCAUGAGAGAAAGGGACCUAAAAGUUCUGCACGAGCAAAGAUAUGGACUUGCUUGCUCAAAGUCAAAUGUUCAAACACUGGUAUCCAAGUACAAAACUGUAUGUGGCUCGAACGAUGUUGAAGAAGUUCUGACUUGUCCAUUUGAAAAAGACCAAUAUAGACGGAUUCCCCCGAUUGCUGAAAUCACCUCUCCAACGUUUACUCCAACUGAUGUCGACGAGAAAUUCUUUGAACAAUUUGUGAAUUUAACUCCAUCCGUUCAAACAUUAAAGUCUCGAGGUCAACGUCUUGUGAGCGCCCCAAGUAUUGGAGAGAAGAAGGAACUUUUACAGGAGGCAGAGCUAGUAGGUUCAUUUCAUGGCGUCUAUGAGGAAUUGCGACGAGUUCGCUGCAUAGGAAAUGAGCAAGCAUGGCUCAGUGGUAGUGCGCAUGGUACUCUUACAAGGAUGAAUAUGAGCGGACAGGUGCUCGAAACGGUUAACGUCACGCAUGGCUACGCUCCAAAGGACAUGGCCAUCAUGGCGGAUCAACAGCUGAUUUACUGUGAUGUUGGAAACUUGAGCAUCAACGCCGUAAAAAAUGGAAACUCCAAAGUCAUAUCCAGAUUCAACAAGUGGUUACCAACUUCUAUUUGCACUACCUCAAAAGCGGGCAGUCUCCUGGUUGGAAUGAUCUCAAAAGACCAACGAUCGGGCCGUGUCGUCAGGUACGUCGGAACCAAAGCCAAACAGAAGAUGCAGUUCGACGAAAAACAUCAGGAUCUUUUCAAGAAACCCUCAUCAGUGGCUGAGAACAUCAAUGAGAAUGUAUGUGUGAUUGAUUCUAGCGCACCAUGCCUUGUUGUACUCGGCCGUUCCGGACUGUUUAGAUUCAGGUACAACGGAAGUGAAAGGACCCGCACGUACUCGUUCUACCCUAGUGGCCUGGCGACGGACAGCAUGGGACAGAUUAUCGUUGGGGAUCGGAUGAACACGUGUCUGGACAUCGUGGAUAAGGAUGGGCAGUUUGUCAGGUCACUGGCCGGGUCGAUUCUAAAUAUUCCGUCAGCCAUCAGUAUUGACGAUGAAGAGAAUUUGUGGGUGGGCGAAUUCCACACUGGUCAAGUUAAAAUUAUCAAAUAUCUUCAGGUUUCUGAGGGCAAUGAGCACAGCCAAGACGACCAGUCUGUGUUCUGAUUUAACAGUAUUUUAAGUGUAUCCAUUGUACUUUGAUUCAGAAUACCCGACUAAGUAAUAAACACACGAAUGUAUAUUUUG